CAAACUAGGGUUUUGAUCACUAAGCUGGUUGAAGAUUGAGAUUUCAAGUACCCUUUCGAGCAGUUUUUUGAUUUUCUACAGAGUUCAAGUUCCACUCCCGAAAUCAGAAGAUUGAAGAUUGAGAUUUGGGUGCAACUGGUUGGUCUCAAUCCACAGCUGCAAAGAGGUGGUGUUGGCUGAAUUUGUAACGGUGGGAUUCUUCUGAAAUUGGGUUUAAUUGAAGAUUUUGAGGAGUUCGAUUUGCUGAAGUAAGUGGACUGGUUUGAAGCUGAGAACCAGCGAGAAAGGAGGAGAUUCAAGAGUUGUUAUUGCUGGUAUGAAAAGGGAAACGAAGAGGGCAGUGAAUGUACAAUGGAUUCAGGGGUUUCUGAGAUUGGGACUAAUUCGAGGGAUUCUAGAUAGAAUGCAAAGGUAAGAUGGUGAAUUAAUCAAAUGGGUUUGUCUGCAUAUGUUAUUGUUUUGAUUGGUGAUGGAUUUCAUCUACCACCAAGAACAGAUUUGGGGGUUUUAUGUGGAUUGAAAUACGAUCAAUGUGCAAGUUGUUGAUGCUGGUUUGUGGUUAAUUCUCAGUUAGUUGUUGUUUGGAAUUGAGAUUAAUUGUUGGCUGUGUAAUGGAGCUAAGAGGCUGAGAAGGGUUUUUACCCAGGCAAUUUUGGUUGUGAUUGAUUGAUGGCUGUAGCAGUGGAGUGGUUACCUUAGUCUCGGUUGAAGGUUAGUCAGUAGCAAGUUCAGUGAUUCAAACUUGUAAUGGAGGUUUGGGUAUCAAAGGCGAUAGAGUUGAGGUUAUUGAUGUGGCUGGUAGUCGUGAAUGAUGUGCGGGGUCUCGGUUGGUGGGUUGCUGCUCGGAGUUUUGGUAUACAAGAUGCCUGCGAAGUGGAGAAAGAGCUGUAGUCGAGACGGAAAAUGCUGGUAGUAGGCAGUCGGAGAAAGCUGCUGUCGUCAAACCGAGAUGGAGAGGGUAUCUGCAUGAGAUGCAACUGAUGGGGUGUGGUAGUUCCAACAACAGAUUUAGGUGUCGUUGGCUAGUCGAGAAACAACAGCAAUGGAUUCAAGGUUCCGAUUGUUCUUAAUGGCUGAAAUAACAGGCAAAGGUGGUUAUCGAUGGAUGGAAGUUUGUGGCUCGAUGGUGUACUCGAUAUUGAUUGUAUAUGGGGUUUUAUCUUGCAGUCCAGAUUGGGUUUAAUCGUAUAUUCAGUGGGGGUCUGUUAGCUUGAGAUUUGGGGUGCUUGUGAUGCUUUUGGUCCGAUAAUAAUCUGGUGUUUUGUGGUUAAAUGAUUUGAGUCAAUGGGUUCUGUUUAAUAAUGUUUGAGUCGAAGCAGUAGAUUGCAGUGGUGAACGAAUGGGUGUUCGUCGAGAUGGCGCUACUGAUAUUUUUACUGGCAAGGAACGUGUUGCCAAUGGAGCUCAGUUGGCUGAGAUGGACAUGUAGUUGGCUGAGAUGGCAGCGAGGCAAGGAGCUGGUCGACUGGUGGAUGUAUGGAACCUUAAGAAUCGGCAGCAGCAAGGAUAGGUGAUGAUUUUAUGGGUUUCGAGAUGGAUAUGUUGGCUGGUAAGUUUAGUACGAAGAGAGGGCUCGGACAAGAGAUGUAAUUUUAUCAUGGGAGAAAAGGGUAUAAAUGGCUCAGGUUGAAUCAAAAUGUAACCACGGAAAGUUGAAGAAUCUGGUGAGCCCUUAUCCUGUGAAAUGAGACAAGUAGCUGUAGUGGAGGAGGAUGUGGUGAGCCCUUAUCAGAUUGGGGGACAUGAUAAAUAUGAGGAGCCAGAGAUAGUGAUUUAAAACAAACAGGGACUGAAGAUGUUGUGAUUAGUUUGCACAAGUAGAAAACCUAUUGCACAGGUUUUGUGAAUUUUCACAAGAGUUUCUGAAUUGGAAAUCGAUUUGAAGAACCAUUCCAUGAUCAGACUAAUUCCUAAACCUGAAGAAAAUAUACAAGACUUCAUCUGUGUUAAAGAAAGCAAAAAAAAACCUGAUUUCUGUAAUUUUGUAUGUUUAAAUGUCAAUUUCAGGGCUUAAUCUGAUCAAGAAGAAAAAGAAGAAGAUUACAUUUCGAUUGUUCACUAUUAGAUGCCCCAUUUUCCUAAAAGGGUUCAGCAAUCUAUAGAUGGCUGCUGAUUCACCAACCUUAUUUUCCUCUUCUCCCAAUAGUACUCUAGAUCAUGCAGGACAUCAUGGGUUAUCGGCACCUGCGAUAGCUGGGAUAGUGGUAGCAGUUGUACUUGUAAUUUGUGUUGUUGUUGCUGUGUUCUGCUACUUCCAGAGAAGGAAGAAGAAGCGGUUGGAGAUGCUAGUACGUACAGGCAAAGGAAUGCAAACUUUGGAAGCUUCGCGCCAGCUGGCUAAUCGGAUGCAGCCUACAGAAGCUGGUAAUGCUGUGCGCCAGCCCACUAUUCAGCUGCACAACACCGAAGCUGGUAAUUGCUCUUCAAGGGUGGAAGGCGAGUUCUCCUUUGGUUUCCUACAAGAGGUAACGCAAAACUUCAGUGAACAAAAUUUGUUAGGCGAGGGGGCAUUUGGGAAGGUCUAUAGAGGGAAGUUUCCGGACGGGACCGAGGUUGCUGUUGAGAGGCUGAAUCUCAUAUUAGGCGUAGCUGGGUUGAUGGCGUUCCAGGCUGAGCUCUCCAUUUUGAAGAUGACACACAGACACCUCGUAUCUGUGAUUGGGUUCUGUAACCAAGGCGUUGAGCAUCUGAUUGUUUACGAAUUCAUGGAGAGCGGAACACUACACCAAAAGCUCUUUGAGUGGAUUGACACUGGUGGCAACCCCAUGAGCUGGGAUGAGAGGAUUGUAGUGGCGCUAGAUGUGGCUAAGGGCUUGCACUACCUCCACAGUCUGUCCAGGGAGGCCUUUGUACACAGGGAUGUAAAAUGUAAAAAUAUCCUACUUGACAGGGAUAUGAGGGCCAAAAUCUCGGAUUAUGGCCUGGUGAAGGCAAUGACAGAUGAUGAGAAGUCGGUGGUGACCAAGUUAGCUGGAACUCGUGGAUACCUUGCGCCUGAGUACGCAAUGACUGGUCAUUUGUCGAUCAAAGCUGAUGUGUAUGCUUUUGGCAUAGUUCUCUUAGAACUUAUUACAGGUCAGACGACAGUGGACGAUGGUCAGGAAGAGAAGAAUUUGGCGAUGCGCUUUCGUCCCGUCUACAAGAGGGGCAUGGAGAAUGUGAGAGCUUUGGUCGACCGGUCACUCGACCCGGAUGCGCAGGGCCUUAAUGGAGGCUGUGAGGCUUGCAAUGGAGUGCACGCGCACUGAUCCAAGGGAUCGGCCUGGUUUUGCAGAGAUUACUGCCAGGCUGGGGCUUGUAGCUGAGAGAUGGCCCCAGCGUGCAGAGGAGGAGGAGGAAGAAGAAGAAGAAGCUGCUUUUGACAGGGAACGUUUUCUUCGGGAUUUGGGUAAUGAUGGAGAAGGCACCACGGCUUAUUACAGCGUCUGGGACUUGGAGCAGGGUCAGUAAGAAGAAACAGAGAUCAAUCAGCAAUUUACGUGGAGAGCUUAGUUUGACUCAACUUGGGGAGUUAUGUGCGUACAUAGACUUGGCAUUCAAAUAAGAAGAGUAGAAAACGUACAAUAGGGAAUGGUUUUGAUGAAAAUGAAGUGGUUGAAGGUAAUGGAGUCUAAAUUUUUUAUAUGUAUAUCAUUUGAUGAGAGGUUGGCAUCUAAAUCCCUAGGAUUCAGCUGCAUUUGUGGACAAAGUGAAUCACUGCAUAUAGAUGCAUUUGGGCUUUUUCUUCUUACCUAUUUUUUGUUGUGAUCCCCUUAGGAAUGAACCAGGUGCAUGUAAUUAGUUCAUUUCAUUAUUUUAGAGGUUUUAUUGACAUACCUAAUUUCUGGUGGGGUUUUCUAAUCCGUAGUGAUUUGAUUUUAGAUGAAAAUCAUUGAUUUUGUUUUGUA